AUGGCUCAAGCAGCACUCGAUGCACUCGUCGACACAUCCCCUCGCGAGUACUUUACUCGCGUGGGCCACCAGACCCGCCUGCAGGCACUCCAUGCCCAGUGUGCAGAAGCGGGGCUCUUCACGGCCUCUGCCACCGCAGAUGAUGUGUCCCGCCUCUUUGCCCUGUUCACACUGAGUCUGGAGAAUGGGUUUGGCACCCUGGUGGUGGAUUACCUCGCAGAGGUGUGCUUUGACACACAGCUCACUAGCAGCGACCCGACCCAGGCAUUCCUCAUGGACGGCCAGUGUGUACGGCGCUGGUUGCAGAGGACGCUCUCUGUCAUCAGAUCGCGGGUGGUGACGGCUCUGGGCCAAGGACUGGGGGCCCCCACCAGUGCAGGAGUGCUGGCCCGCGCGACCGCCGAGCUCUCCUCCCUGCACCUGGUGGCACACGCGCUGUCCCCCCCGACGUCCUUGGGCAAGGGGGCGGCCGCCGCCGACUCCGACGAGACCGAGGUGGCGCGGGCCCUGCAAGCCGCACGAGCAGGCGCCUGGGUUGUGACCCAGGGCCUCGAGCGUCUCAUCCAGAGCCUGUUCCUGGCUGGGGCGAGCGGGAGCGCGGCCCUGCACGCCAAGCUCAUGCUCCUUGCUUUCCACCUCGCGGAUGGGGGUUGGUGCGGGCGGCGGGAGCUCCUGGACCAGCUCUGGCUGACGUGGCACGUGCAGCGUGACGUGGGCAGCGCCUGGCUGCUGCAACACUUCCUGGAUGCCUCGCUGGUGCCCGAGCACCCCUCCGGCGUGUCUGCCCUGGAGGAGGCGGUAGCCUGUGCCGGCGACGUGAGCGGGACGCAGCUACCCCUCAAGGCCCUGCGAGUGCUGCUGGAACGAGGCAGGCCAGAGGCCGCGCUGCUGCUGGCCAGGCAGAGGUGCCUGCCCGCCCAGACCAGGGACCUGGAGGAGGCGUCGGCCGCGCUUUCCAUCUGCCUCGCCAGCGGCCUCCUGGCCGAGGCGGUGCUCAGGAUGAAGCAGCACCUGAGGGAGGUGGAGGAGGCGCAGCGGGCACAGCAUGCGGAUGCCCUGCUAGGGCAGCUCUUCGAGUGGGGCGCAGCUGCCCAGCAGCUGCAUGCCCUCAUCCGGCUCCCAUUCACGGUCGUGGAGGAGGAGGCGGCCCUGGCAUGGCUGAGUGCCCAGGCGGGCAGCCACCCCCCCGCGGCCGCGAUGUGGGCGCUCUACUACCUGGAGCGGGGCCGCACGCCCGAGGCGCUGUUCGCCUACGCCCACGCCUUUCCCCCCGGCCCGCCCACCUCCGAGCCCCAGGCGCAGCUGGUGGCGCUGAUGGAAAGGGCGGCGCGUGACCUGCCCACCGUCUAUGCCUCCCUGGUCGUGCGGGUUGACCCCGGCGCCCGGGGCCCCUCGCUGCGGCCGCUGAGCGGCGGCGACGACGAGCAGGGCGCAGGCGAGCGCACGGACGUGGCGCUGGGCUUUGCGCUCCCCACGCCGGCGCUGCCGGGGGCCGGGCGGAGGCUGCUAGCAACGGGGCCCCGCCUCCGGGACUGCCCCCUGGUGUGCCUGCCGGAGCGGGUGGCCCGGGGAGGGGAGGGGGAGGAGGGCGCGGGGGAGGACAGGCUGCCGGUGUGGCCCGACCUCACCCAACUGUCGGCCAAGCUGGUGGGCGCCGGGAAGGAGGGCGGGGGGCGGGCGACCAUGCGCAUUCCCGUGUCCUAG